AUGCUAGUCAUCAUGAUUGCUCGGUUGCAUGCCAUGUAUCAGCAUUCCAGAAAGGUGCUGAUGAUUCUCCUUAUCGCCUUCCUGGCUGUUGCUGUUGUCAAUAUAGUGGUAGCCGCAAUGAUGAUGAAGCAUUUUUCAGGGGAGGAGCUUGUUCUCUCUGGGACCUAUCAGUGCACGAUUAAAUUCGAGGGAGAUGUGGUCCUUCCGGGUUCCAUAUCUUGGAUACUUGGCACUACAUGGGAGGUCCUCACGCUGUGUCUCGCUGUCCAGAUCGCUGUAAAGCACAUCCGUGAACUACAAAGACAUUCGGCAGGCCAAAUUAUAAAGGACUACGGUAUUGUUGAAAACUCACGUGGGAUACUUUACGAGGUGUUAGCAUGCUUCCUGCUGUUUGCUUGA